CUUUUGCAAAAAAAUAAAAAUAAAAUAUAAGUAUUAUCCCUCUAUUAUUACCUGCCUUUCAAAUACAAUCUUCGUCCCAACCAAAGAACUGAAAAGUGAAAACUGAACAAAUCAGCUCGGCCGGUUAGCCGGGAGAUGAGAAGCACCACCACUCUUCUCAUGCUUAGCUCCUCCGUUUCCACCACUCCUCCACCUCUUCCCAAACACACUCUACCUACUACUAACCCUAAACAACCCUCCAAACAAUCAAAACCACCACCACCCCCAUCCUCCUCGUCUUCUUCUCACUCUCACUCUCAUCGUCCUCCUCUUCUAUCCACUGUCAGGUGGGGGGAACGUCGCCAGAGCCACAAUCGGAUCAACUACUAUGCCGAACUAGCUUCGAAGCUCGUGGAAGAUGGCAGGUUCGAGGAUUUUUUCAUGAUUGUGGAGACGGUUACUAGCGGCGGCGGUAGUUCUGCUUUGAAGCCUGUCGAAUUUGCAGCACUGUUGAAUUCGGACCUUGUUUCUAAGGGGAUUUUGAGUGUGAUUGAGAGCGAUGGGGGCGUGAGGAAUCUGAUCAAAGUGUUAACCGGUUUUCAGAAAUUAGGGAUUGGUGGUGCUGGUGCAGUGGAAGUUUUUCUGUCCGAUAGAUCUCUUAUGGAGGCAAUUGGACGAGAAUCCAUGAAGAUUUUGAAAUGUGGUGGUGUGGCGGAGGUUGUUGAUCUCAUGGAAACGCUGUCUGGAUUUCAUAUAUCUAUCGAAGAUGUUGUGGAACCAAUUGAGGUUAUACGAAACUGUGUCGACAAAAGAAAUCCACAUGCGGCCAUAAGAUACUCGGGCUUGUGUACCCACUCCGAUGAGAUAUUCUGUACUGCAAUUCAUGAAUUUGGAAAGAGAGCAGAUAUGGCAUCUGCACUAACUGUUUUUGAAGCAUCCAAACACAAUCUGGGUUGUGUAAAUAUGUAUGCUUAUCGCACAAUCAUAGAUGUAUGUGGUCUUUGUUGUGACCAUUUGCAAUCUAGGUCCAUAUAUGAGGAGUUAAGUGCUGAAAACAUCAACCCAAAUCUGUAUGUAUUCAACAGUCUUAUGAAUGUAAAUGCCAGUGACCUGAGCUACACGAUGAAUAUAUACAAACAUAUGCAAAAUGUGGGCGUUACUCCAGAUACGGCUUCAUACAAUAUCCUUCUAAAAUCAUGCUGCCUUGCUGCUAGAGUGAUUUGGCCCAGGAAAUUUACAGUGAGGUAG